CUAAAACAUAAUACAGUGCAAACAAACCAAACCAACCACCCACAGAUAACAGUACAUACAGUGCAAGCGUCGUCAGGCAGGCCGGGUCAAUAUCAAUAGGGCAGGUAGGUACAGGGGGAGCAAGCGGAGAUGGGUCGGGGUCACAGGCCAGGUUCAGCAGGUAGCAAGCAGCGUGGUACAGAGGGUCAGGCAGAGGGAUGGUCAGGAGCGAGCCGGGAUCAGAGCAGGAGAAGUCAGCAGCGGUUCAGAUCAGGCAGGGUCAGCAAAGGAACAGAAACAGGAUGCAGGACAGAUACAGGGCCCAGGACAAACAUAACACCAAGGCAGAGUCUGCAAGUCUGGCCA